AUGUUGCAACGCGCUCAAGUAGUGGAGAAGCGGCUGCGGGUGACGCUGAGUAUUGAACAGGCCCAAGCUGUGGCAGAGCAGGUUGAGAUGAAAGCAGAGGUGCUGCAGUCUGCAAUCAAAACUAUGACAUAUCAACAUAAGAAGGCUCUGGAAAAACGGGAGCGUGAGCUGCUAUGGAAGGUAGAAAAGAUUUAUCAAGUCAAAGCCAAGUCCCUUUACCUGCAAGUUGAGAAGUUGCGUCAGAAUCUAAAUAAACUGGACAACACUAUUAGUGCAGUUCAGCCGGUCCUAGAGGAGGGUCGUAGCAUGGAUAUUCUCUUUGCUCGGGAUUGCAUGCUGGCUCAAGUGCAGGAGCUGAAGGAUGUGAGAGGCCUUCUACAGCCGCAGGAGGAUGACCGAAUCAUGUUCACUCCUCCUGACCAGUCUCUGUAUACAGCCAUUAAAUCAAUGGGGUUUGUCAGCAGUGGGGCUUUUGCUCCUCUGACCAGAGCCACUGGGGAAGGUCUGAAACGUGCACUACAGGGCAGAGUGGCCUCCUUCACAGUGACAUGCUACGACCAUGAUGGUGACCCACGCCUUUCAGGGGGUGAUAUGAUCUCUGCAGUGGUGAUGGGUCCUGAUGGAAACCUGUCCAGCACAUAUGUCCAUGAUCAGCAGAAUGGAACCUACCUGGUCAGUUACAGACCACAGCUGGAGGGAAAACAUCUAGUCUCUGUCAUGAUGUGCAACCAUCACAUAGAGAACAGUCCGUUCAAGGUCAUAGUAAAAUCUGGGCUCGGUUACAUUAGCAUUGGACUAUCAGGGCUUUCAUUUGUCAGCGAGGAAAACAACGAUGGCAAGCUGUGUCGCCCCUGGGGAGUUUGCGUAGACAGAGAAGGGUACAUCAUGGUGGCUGAUCGCAGUAAUAACUGCAUUCAGGUGCUUAAGCCCUGUGGCACCUUUCAUCACAGAUUUGGUACCUGGGGUUCUGCGCCUGGCCAGUUCGAUCGCCCGGCUGGUGUUGCCUGUGAUAUCUCGCGUAGGAUUGUCGUGGCUGACAAGGCUAAUCAUCGCAUCCAAAUCUUUACAUUUGAUGGGCAGUUCAUUCUGAAAUUUGGGGAAAAGGAAAACAAGAAUGGACAAUUCAAUUACCCAUGGGAUGUGGCAGUCAACACCAAGGGCAAAAUCCUGGUCUCUGACACAAAGAACCAUCGGAUUCAACUGUUUGGACCUGAUGGUGGGUUUCGGAAUAAAUACGACUUCGAGGGGGAACGCUCAAAGCAUCUUCAUCAUCCCAGAGGUGUUACCUUCAAUCGAGAAGGCUACCUGGUGGUAAUGGAUUUUAAUAAUCAUCACCUUGUAGCUAUUGAUCCAGAUUGCCAGUCGGCAUGCUUCCUUGGGUCAAAAGGCACCAGCAAUGGCCAAUUCCUGUGCCCACAAGGCGUGGCUGUGGAUCAAGAGGGGUGCACCAUUGUGGCCGAUUCUAGGAACCACCGAGUGCAGAUAUUUCAGUCAAAUGGCAGAUUUUUAUGCAAAUUUGGCACUCAGGAAAGUGGCUUUGGUCAAAUGGACCGACCUUCAGGUGUAGCUGUCACUCCUGAUGGCAUGAUUGUUGUGGUUGACUUUGGAAACAAUCGAAUUCUCAUCUUCUAAUCUGUCUUGCCUGAAUUAGGAAGAAACUGUCUCAAGGAAAUUCUUUUUAAGAGAACAAAAAAAAUACAUUAAUUCAAACCCACCUCAUCUUUAAUUUUUUUUACA